CGCGCCUGCCUGCCCGGCGCGGAGCUCAGCCCGGCGCGGAGCAGAGGAGAGGCCGAUUAGCAGCCGCAGAGGAGGAACGGAGGGGAUGCCGGAGAGACACAAAGCCGGCGGGGGAAGCAGCCCACGGCUUGUCCCGGGAUGGCAGCGCCGCGCCGGGUCCGCCUGAUGGUGCUGCCGCGGGUGCUGGGGGGCUCCAUCCCCCUUUUCCUCCUCCUCCUCCUGCUGCCCGCGGCCGAGCCCAUCUGCCCCGAGCCAUGCGACUGCCAGCAGCACCAGCACCUCCUCUGCACCAACCGCGGUCUGCGCUCCGUGCCCAAGGCUGCCGAGCCCCAGGAUGUCCUCACCUACAGCCUCGGGGGCAACUUCAUCACCAACAUCUCUGCCUUCGACUUCCAUCGCCUGGCAGGACUCCAGCGCCUGGACCUGCAGUACAACCGGAUCCGCUCGUUGCAUCCCAAGGCCUUUGAGCGCCUGGGCCGGCUGGAGGAGCUUUACCUGGGCAACAACCUGCUGCCAGCCUUGGCCCCUGGCACCCUCAGCGGCCUGGCCAAGCUGCGCAUCCUCUACGUGAAUGCCAAUGAGAUCGGCCGCCUCAGUGCCGCCUCCUUCUCUGGCCUCAGCAGCCUUGUCAAGCUGCGCUUGGAUGGCAAUGAGCUGGGCUCACUGGGCGACUCCACUUUCUCAGGGCUGCCGAACUUACUCUACCUGCACCUGGAGUCCAACCGCAUCCGCUGGCUGAGCCGCGGUGCCUUCACCGGCCUGGUUAAGCUGCGCUUCCUCGACCUCUCAGGGAACCAACAGGGCUCCCUUCGCCACCCAGACAUCUUCAGGCCACUGCACUCCCUCCACACCCUGCUGCUGGCCAGCAACAGCCUGCAGCAGCUGGUAGGGGGGCUUUUCCAGCACCUGCCUAGCUUGGCGAAACUCUCGCUCAGUGGCAACCGCCUGGCUCACCUGGCCCCAGAUGCCUUCACAGGACUGGGUUCGCUGAAGGAGUUGCGCCUGGAGGGGAACCUGCUGAGCCACCUGCCCGCUGCCCUGCUGGAGCCGCUGAGCAGCUUGGAGGCUCUGGAUCUGAGCCGCAACGCCCUGACCACCCUGCACCCUGCUACCUUCGCCCACCUCGGCCACUUGCGGGAGCUCAGCCUGCGAGACAAUGCGCUGGCCACUCUUCCCGGGGAGCUCUUCGCCUCCAGCCCAGCUCUCUACCGGUUGGAGCUGGAUGGGAACGCCUGGAGCUGCGACUGCCGCCUCCGCGGCCUCAAGCGCUGGCUGGGGGCCUGGCACUCCCAGGGCCGCCUGCUCACCGUCUUCGUGCAGUGCCGCCUGCCGCCCGCCCUGGCUGGCAAGUACCUCGACUACCUGCAAGACGCCCAGCUGCUGCCGCCGCAAGACGGCGGCUCCUGCCACGACGGUGCCUCUCCACCCCCCGCAUCCCCGCCGCCGGCAGCUGAGGAGCAGCGCCGGCCGCCCCCGGCCGCAGAGCGGCUCGGCGGCAACAGCAGCGGCGGCGCCGGGCUGCCCCGCGGGCCGCCGGGGCCGCCGCCGCCCUCCGCCUCCACCUCCCGCCUGCUGGGGGCGCCCGAGGGCGCGGCGCCGCCGCCCAGGCCCGUGGCGGGGGCGACCAGCCCCACGCCGCCGCUACCCGCCCGCCCGGCCGCCUCCGGGCCGGCGCUGACCAGCGCGGCGUGGCCCCGACGGGCUGGCAAGUCCCGCUCGGCGCCGGCCGCCGGGGCCCCGCCGCUGGUGUCCGACCCGUGCGACUUCAACAAGCUGUUCCUCUGCAACUUGUCGGUGGAGGCCGUGGGCUCCAGCUCAGUGACGGUGCGCUGGGCCGUGCGGCCGCACCGCAGCCCCCGCUUGCUGGGGCCGGUGCGGUUCCGCCUCCUCUUCGACCGCUUCGGCACCGCCGUCAAGUUUCAGCGCUUCGUCUACCUGCCGGAGCGUGGCGAGCCAGCCGCCACCCUGCGGGAGCUCCGCCCGGAUACCCCCUACCUCGUCUGCGUCGAGGGCGUCCUCGGGGGCCGCGUGUGCCCGGUGGCCCCGCGGGACCACUGCGCCGGGCUGGUCACCCUGCCCGAGGCAGGGGCUGCGGCGGCGGGCGGGUCCCGCGGCCCCGACCAGCAGCUCCUCACCUUGGUGCUGCUCGCCGUGAACGCGCUGCUGCUGUUCGCGGCGCUGGCGGCCUGGGCCUCCCGCCUGCUGCGCAAGAAGGUGCUGGGGCGGCGGCGGCGGAAGGCGGCCCCGGUCCACGUCAGGCAGCUCUACUCCACUCGCCGGCCACUCCGCUCCAUGGGCACCGGCGUCUCCACCGACUUCUCGGGCUUCCAGUCCCACCGGCCGCCCCGCGGCGCCGCCUGCGCCCUCAGCGAGGCCGACCUCAUCGAGUUCCCCUGCGAUCGCUUCAUGGAGAGCGGCGGCGGCGCUCGCCACGGCGACGACCACCUGCUGCCGCGCUUCGCCGACUGAGCCCGCCGGACUGCAGCUCCCGGCAGGCCCCGCGCAGCAGGCAGCCGGCGGCGGGCGCCGCUCUGCCGCGGGGCCCGCUG